GACUUCCAGGCUGCCCGCCUCGACCGCCACGAUCGCGGGCCCUGCGCCCGCAUGCGGCCCCGGCCUUCCACCGGCCUCGCCGAGAUCCUCGUCCUCGUCGGAGGCUGCGACCGCGACUGCGAUGAGCUCGUCACCGUGGACUGCUACAACCCGCGCACCGGGCACUGGCGCUACCUGGCUGAGUUCCCCGAGCACCUGGGUGGGGGUUACAGCGUCGCUGCCCUGGGCAAUGACAUCUAUGUCACCGGGGGAUCGGAUGGAUCGAGGCUGUACGACUGCGUCUGGAGAUACAACUCCAGCGUGAACGAGUGGACGGAGGUAUCCCCAAUGCUGAAAGCCAGAGAAUACCACAGCUCUACGGUCCUGGACGGCCUGCUGUACGUUAUCGCCUCCGACAGCACGGAGCGCUACGACCACUCUGUGGACAGCUGGGAGGCCCUGCAGCCCAUGCUGUACCCCAUGGACAACUGCUCCACCACCUCGUGCCGUGGCAAGCUGUUCGCCAUCGGCUCCCUGUCUGGCAAGGAGACCAUGGUGAUGCAGUGCUACGACCCUGACAGCGACCUCUGGUCCCUGGUGAACUGCGGCCACCUGCCUCCGUGGUCCUUCGCCCCAAAGACCGUGACUCUGAACGGGCUCAUGUACUUCAUAAGGGAUGACUCAGCUGAAGUGGAUGUUUACAAUCCAGUGAAGAACGAAUGGGAUAAAAUCCCUGCCAUGCUUCAGGUCCACGUUGGGGGCAGCGUGGCUGUGCUAGGAGGGAAGCUCUACGUCUCCGGCGGCUACGACAACACCUUUGAGCUCUCGGAUGUCCUGGAAGCGUACGACCCUGAGACACGAACGUGGAGCGUAGCAGGGCGGCUCCCCGAGCCCAUCUUCUGGCACGGCAGUGUCAGCAUAUUCCGACAGUUCAUGCCGGAAACCACACAGGAGGAUGACAGCAUCACGCUGGACAACACCAUCAACUUGAACAGGCAGCGCCCCAACCUUCACCACCAGAACCUGAACGAACUGCGUUAGCAGGAGCGCGCUGACCCUGCCUCAGUGCGAGUCGUUGUCCACAACCAGUGUUGCUCUGAGAGAAGGCAGAGGCAAACUGGAGCCUGGAAGCAAAAACAUACUGAUUAGUACAGGGAGUAAAAAUGGAGUGUUUGAAAUGCUGUUGUAGAAACCUAGCUGGCAGAACACGAGGCCUUUGGGUGCAGCGUUCCUCAGCCCUUUUCUUUGGAGGCCGAAGGUGCAGUGCUACUCACAGAGAAGAUCUGAGAAGUGAACUCUGAAGAAAAUGGUUGUGUGAAGCACCACUUAAGCACCACAGCUUACAGCUUUCGGUCAGAUGCCCUUCACCUGGAGCUCCUUCACUUUGCAACGCUUUGUUUGUCACGUAAUUCCUUUCUCCAGUCUCUUCCUAUGGAGAAAAAAAAAAGGAACAGAA